AUGGCCGCGCUCAGCUCCCAGCCGUCUCCCUUCGGGCACCUGACGCGGGAGCGGCACAUCCAAGCGCCGGCGAGGUCCUUGAGGAAGAAGGACGGGGCUCCGGGCCUCCAGGCCGGGGGGACGUCCCCCAGCUGGGAAGGCACAAGCCGGGCUAACCAGGCUCAAGAGCCGGACUUUGGGAGCAGCCAGGGGAGCCCGGAUGCCCCUUCGAGUGCCGAGGACCCUGGCCACCAACUCGAGGGCCGGAGAUGGCCGGGAAGCGAGUGGGGUGGGACUGCCGGGGAGGAAGCCACCGAGUCGCCUCUGCCGCGGCUGGGCUGGCGGGGCAGGAGAGCCCGCAGACGGAGCCCGGAGCAGAGCUUGCAGCGGGUUCAGGAGGACGACGACGUUCCACCGCUCGGGCUGCAGGUGCUGGCCGGCGUCUCCCAGCUGCGCAUCACCGCCCGAGCUGGGCUACGCGGGUUCGCCGGGGACCCAGGGAGAACGUACGUGGUGGGCACCGCGCAGGCAAAGGGGCUGCUGGUAGCUAUCGAAGAAACCAGCCGCUUGUGCCUGCACCUGUGUGGCCCUGCCCGCUCCUGCCGCAUCCGCCUCCAGGACCCGCAAGGCCAGGAUGUCCUGUGGCUCCGACGGCCCUUCGGGGCGGGCGCCAGCUGCCUGGGCUGCUGCCGGACGGAGAUGCGGGUGUUCACCGCCGGUGACCAGCUCGUGGGCAGCGUGCGGCAGAGGUGGGGCAUCCUUGCCCAUCUCUGGGACCUGCGUGACCUCCACGGCGCAGCCACCAUGAGGAUCCGAGGCUCCUGCGCGGCCAGCCGCUGCUCCUCCAACCAGGAGUUCCAGGUCACCUCCCGCGCCGGCAGCCCCGUGGCAGUGAUCUGGAAGAGGUGGCCAGGUUUCAAUGAAGACCGGAACAUGGACCAUGAGUUCUUCGGGGUGGACAUUUCAGCAAAGCUGGGGGCCGAGGACACCGCCCUCCUGCUGGCAGCAGCCUUCCUCCUGAACUUCAUGUUCUUCGAGAUGAGCUGA